AUGGAGUUUCCUAGUGUAGGUUCCCAGUGUUGUCAUGAAAACUGUAAACAACUCGAUUUUCUUCCAUAUGUGUGCUCUUGCAGUAAAACGUUCUGCCUAGAACAUUUUUCCCAUCAUAGUUUGAGUUGUCAAGUUAAGGAUAAUAUUGUUUCUGAAUUGAAAACUAUCGAUAAUGUCUUAACAUGUUCUGAGGAGGGCUGUAAUGAAAGGGGUAUUGUUCCACUGAUUUGCCAAAAUUGCAAAAAACAUUUUUGUGUUAGGCAUCGACACAUUGGUGAAUGUAAGAGAAAAACUGAAGAGGAAUUCCUUGCAGCAAGAGAGAAAUUAGCAAUUCCUUCUCGUCAAUUCAAUGAGGCUAAGGCGAAUACGGAUAAGGAAAUCAGUAAAUCAAUUGAAAAUGCUAAGAAAAAUGAGAAGAAAAGGAAAUUAGCUUGUAAGAUUCAACUGAUGCGUUUAAAAGGGAGAGCUGUUGGUCUGAAGUCUAUUCCAACCACUGAUCGUCUUCAUUUCAACAUAGUUCUGCCUUCCAAAUCUGAGAAAGCAGUAUUUAUUUCAAAAACUUGGACGUUAGGAAAGGCCAUUGAUGCUAUUGCACAGGAAUGCAGUUUACAGAAUAAUAACAAUAAAAGUGGUGAGCUGAAAUUACGAUUAUUUAAAACUGAUAAAACUAUUCUGUCCAAAGUUAUGUCAGACAGCAUUCUGGAUUUAUUACAUAAGGAAUCCAUUAUUGAUGGAGAGACUUUAAUUAUUGAAUAUGUAAGUGAUGAUUGUGUUCUUUUGGAUUAAAAUUGAUAGAAAACUUAA